AUGGAUGAGCCCAUCCACGUUGCCAUAACUCGGCUGUCUGCAUCGAGUUUGAGAGGUGGUGGUUUGGCGGCCCUUCACCAACUUCUGCAAGCUCGGGCUUCCACUCUGGCAAGGACUCCCAACGAGCUUAAGGGCACUAUAUCGAGCCUUUCGUUCGAAGAAUGUUCACUUGGAGUAUGCCAUCUGUUGGCCCUGUUGUGGGACUCCAAAGGAGAGGCCAACGACACGUUUGCGUUCGAUGCCACAGUAAACUUUCUAGAACGAUGCCGCCAGUCUCAAAUUCAGCAGUGCGCUGCAGAAUUCAUUACCGUGGUCAAGUCUGCGGUCCGAUUCGCAAUUCAUGCGGAUGAGCAAUCCUUCGCCGCCACCACGUCCCAGUCGAGCGGCCUGUCAGGCUGCGAGAGUUCGUAUUCGCUGCGCUUACUGGAGCCUCUGCUCGAAAGCACCGAGAAGUUCCGACCGGGACAGCAGGAUAUCACCUCAGCGGAUACGGACCGGGUUUUGUGGUCAGUCGGGCCACAGUUUCUGAACACGGUGUUCUACAGCUUUGCCGAUCUUCAACCUGUCGAGCUCGACCCUUGUUUCUGUCCCUCAGCGUUCCUGCAGCUGUGUCUCCGUGGACGGUUCUACGACCGGGCGCGGCGUGUGCUGGAUCGCGAUGCCUUCAAACUCUUCUGCCAAGGCCUCGAUGACUGUGCAGCCUACUUUUUUGCGGCAGGCGAGAUUUGGAUUGCUUUGGAGGAGUAUGAGAAAGCGUUCGAUGCUCUUGAUAUGGCGCUCUCUCUCCCUUCCAUUCCGGGAGAAACCGACUCUCUUCAGGUCGAGGCGUUCAAGCGUUUCGCGCUGGUGUCCCUUAUGCUCCGAGGGCGGGUCAUCCGUCCCCCACCUCCUUCUCCGAGCGCCGAAGAAGCUUUACGCAUGGCGACCUACCACAAAGAUUUUGCUCAGCACGAGCUCUUGUAUCCUCAAAAGGCCCUCCCACGCGGCGCUCCUGCAUCCUCUUCCCACAGCGACGCGACGGGUCAAAAUUCCCUCUUUUCCUUUCUGUCGACGCGUCUCCAGAGACUCGAACAAGAAGUCCGCGCUCACGAAUCGCAGUUGAAAGAGGACAACACGUUCCAUCUCGCCCUAGCCCUUCUCUCAAGUGUGGUUCGCCGCAAGGUGAAAGAGCUGAGUCGGGUUUUUCUGUCUCUUCCACUGGAGUCUUUUCGGACGAAGAUGAACGUCGCGUCUGACCAGGAAGCUGUCGACCUCCUUCAUUCUCUCCCCUCGAAGCCUGGCUCGUCCCCCCUGUGCACCUACGACGAAGAACGUCGCCAGGUUCUUUUCAGACCACGGCCCUCGGCCGCAGCGCCCUCGAACCCCGCGGGAGACGCUGCCUCUGAGGAAGAAGGGAGCGCCGUAGCUUUCCUUGGGGCACUGAAACGCGAGGUCGAGGACGCGCUUCACCGCGUGAAAGCUGUCUCGCACCACAUGCGCGUUGCCGAAGCUAAAGUCACAGACAGCGAGGGAUUCGCGCGGUUUGUUGAAGUCGCAGACGCAGAGGCCUCCAGCGACAGCCAACGAGACCGCCGAGAAGGACGGAGACGCGCGGGCGGAAGAGGACGCGCCAGCGAGGGAGAAGACUCUUCCGACGACGACGGACAGUCUUCCGACGUCUGCUGGCAAGCGAUUGACGGGCACCCUUUGGAAGAAGACAUGGAGAGGGGUCUGUCUUCACGGAGAGGAGACGGAGCAGGCGGAUAA